CGUGGUACUUAGCUAGUUUUCAAUGCAUCUGUGUCCGGCGACCGAAGGAAUGAAUGAAUGCAGAGACCGAAAAUUGCGGCCGGAAGCCUCUGGGCGGGUGCCCAGGGGCGGGGCGGAACGCUCAGGGAACUACAUUUCCCAUGACGCUCUGGGAGCAGAGGGCCGCGGGGUCUGCCGGGAAAGGCUUACGUGCUUAAGCCAAGCGUUAAGGGGCGAGUAUGGCCGUUCCGCGAGUAUUCCCACUUUCCUGUGCGGUGCAGCAGUAUGCCUGGGGGAAGAUGGGUUCUAACAGCGAAGUGGCGCGGCUGCUGGCUAGCAGUGACCCACUGGCCCAUAUCGCAGAGGACAAGCCCUAUGCAGAGUUGUGGAUGGGGACUCACCCCCGAGGGGAUGCCAAGAUCCUUGACAACCGCAUCUCACAGAAAACCCUUGGACAGUGGAUUGCUGAGAACCAGGACAGCUUGGGCUCAAAGGUCAAGGACACCUUUAAUGGCAACCUGCCCUUCCUCUUCAAAGUGCUCUCAGUCGAAACAGCCCUAUCCAUCCAGGCACACCCUAACAAGGAGCUGGCAGAGAAGCUACACCUCCAGGCUCCGCAGCACUACCCCGAUGCCAACCAUAAGCCAGAGAUGGCCAUUGCCCUCACCCCCUUCCAGGGCUUGUGUGGCUUCCGGCCAGUUGAGGAGAUUAUAACCUUUCUGAAGAAGGUGCCUGAGUUCCAGGUCCUGAUUGGAGAUGAUGCAGCAACACGCCUGAAGCAGAGCAUAAGCCGUGACUCCCAGGCUGUGGCCUCUGCUUUGAAGAGCUGUUUCUCCCACCUGAUGAAGAGUGAGAAGAAGGUGGUGGUGGAACAGCUCAACCUGUUGGUGAAGCGGAUCUCGCAGCAAGUGGCUGCCGGAAACAACAUGGAGGACAUCUUUGGGGAGCUUUUGAUGCAGCUGCACCAGCAGUACCCAGGUGAUAUCGGCUGCUUUGCCAUCUACUUCCUGAACCUGCUUACCCUGAAGCCUGGGGAGGCCAUGUUUCUGGAGGCCAACGUACCCCACGCCUACCUGAAAGGAGACUGCGUGGAGUGCAUGGCGUGUUCAGACAAUACAGUGCGUGCUGGCCUGACACCCAAGUUCAUUGACGUGCCAACCCUGUGUGAAAUGCUCAGCUAUACCCCUAGCUCCAGCAAGGACAGGCUCUUCCUCCCAACACGGAGUCAGGAAGACCCCUACCUCUCAAUCUAUGACCCCCCUGUGCCAGACUUCACCAUUAUGAAGAUGGAGGUCCCUGGCUCUGUCACUGAAUACAAGGUCUUGGCACUGGACUCUGCCAGCAUCCUCCUGAUGGUACAGGGGACAGUGAUAGCCAGCACACCCACAGCCCAGACACCAAUCCCUCUGCAGCGUGGCAGCGUGCUCUUCACUGGGGCCAAUGAGAGUGUCUCACUGAAGCUUACCGAGCCGAAGAACCUGCUGAUAUUCCGUGCCUGCUGUUUGCUGUAGAGGCCAUGGCCUCCCUAGCUCUCCUCUGUCAGUCACCCUAGCUCUCCUCAGCCAGCCUCACCUCCUCAGGCCCAGCUCAAGCCCCCUUCCUUGCUCUGGACCCCUUAGGUACACCCUGGAAGAGCUGGGGUGGAGGAGGGAGCGUGAAAGUAGUGACUCCUGAACACACCUAGAUGGAAACAUCUUUGGGGAGGAGAGGCCUGUGUGAGGGGUCUGACACUCCCCCUGUCUUCUCUCUCCACUCUUUGCUACACCUGAGCCAGGCUCUUGCCAAUUCUGCUCUAGCCUAUGGCUCCAGGCUAGCCAGCAAAAUCUGUGAACCAUUAGUUCAGCAUCUGUCAGAGCAAGAGGUCAGGUAAUUUUCAAGAAUAGUGUUCUUGCCCUGGGACUACCCAUUUCCUCAGCUGCAGAGGAGGAAAGGGAAAGGGCAGGCCUGUGGACUCACAUUGUUUACACCCUCUUGUUCUGCCAAAGCAAUUAAAAGUCACUUGUGUUGAG